AUGAAUGGAAAACAUCCAGUUGCCAUAAUUACUGAUCAAGACUUGGCGAUUAGCAAUGCAGUCUCCAAAGUUUUUCCAAAUACGAAACACAGAUUUUGUUUGUGGCAUAUCAUGAAAAAGUUUCCAGAAAAGUUAUCUCAUCUCUACCAUGACCACGCAUCAUUUAAAAGGCAUUUGAAUGACUGUAUUUGGAGCUCCAAGAGCACUCAAGAGUUUGAAGAUAGAUGGCAAAGAUUUCUUAUUCAGUAUGGUCUUAUUGAAAAUGAGUGGUUGAAUGUACUUUAUACAAUUAGAUCCUCUUGGGUACCAAUCUUUAACCAUUCCACUUUCUUUGCUGGUAUGAACACUACUCAACGUAGCGAAAGUAUAAAUUCAUUUUUUGAUGGUUUUGUUACAUCUGGCACAACUUUAAAGGAAUUUGUGGAGAAAUAUAAUCAAGCAAUAGAUGCUCGCUACGAGUCAUUUAAAAAAGAAGACUUUGAAUCUAGGCACAAAGAAAGGAUUUUGACAUUUAAUAUGCCAUUGGAGGAGCAUGCUGCUAAAGUGUAUACCCGUGCAAUUUUUUUAAAGUUUUGCGAUCAACUUUCUCUUAGUUUACGAUUUUCUAAGGAGAAACUUGGGGAUGAUUGUGAGUGGGUUAUGUACCGAGUUUUUAAUAGGAAAGAUGUAGAAGAUUAUGCAACAGUUGAGAUGAAAUUGGAAAACAGAGAAGCUAGGUGUUCUUGCCAUUAUUAUGGGUUCAUGGGAAUCUUAUGUCGGCACAUGCUUGCUAUUUUUUUUAUUGAAAAUGUUGAACAGAUUCCUGAACACUUCAUUCUGCAGCGUUGGAGCAAGGAAGGAAAUGUGAUACCAAGCGGAGAGAAGGACAGAUGUACCGCAAAUGGAGAUAGACUUCUUCGCAGCUUUCAUCUACGCUCUAGAUAUUCCAAACUUGAUGACCUUGCAUAUAAGUCAGAUGAAGCUUUUAAAUUAAUUUGUGAUGGUAUUGAUUCUCUCUAUAAAGCAGCAGAAAAAGUUCUAGCGUGCGAAGAGAGUAGUGGUCUUGGGGAUUCUAAUUUACAGUUGUUGGGUUUUCAUCAUGAAGAGCCUUCUAUGAUGUACUUGAAGGAUCCAAAUAUUUCACAAACGAAAGGGCGGAAAAGGGACUCACAAAGUACUUCACAGGGACACAGGAUUCGUAGCGGGAUUGAAGAAGCAUCAAAGCAUACUAAUAUUUGUGGCAAUUUACAUCUGACAACCAUUAUUUUUGAGUCUGAUUUUGACAUGGAUAUGGUCUCUUUUUGUGUUGCUAAGCUUUGCAUACGAUGUGGUUGGCAGAAGCUUGGUGCAUUUGUCAAUCUAGGAUCUUAUUAUCUUGUGGGAGUUCCUUUAGCAGUUGUGUUUGCUUUUAUCCUCCAUAUGAAUGGGCGGGGGUUAGUUUUGGCAAUUGUAUUAGCACUUAUAGUAAAAGUGGUGUGUUUUCUUGUAGUCAUAUUACGCACCAAUUGGGAGAAAGAAGUAACAUGUUCACCAAUUGGCAAGCCAUAA